UUACAGGCAGCGAAGAAGACAGCGUGCUGUGCGCACGCGUAGUCGCAGUCGGUGCGCUUGCUAUCAAAUCAAGAUGGCGGAUCUACUUGGUUCAAUAUUAAAUUCGAUGGAAAAGCCUCCAACAGUCGGCGACCAGGAAAGCCGGCGGAAGGCUCGAGAGCAAGCAGCGAGGCUCAAGAAAAUGGAAGAAGAAGAGAAAAGAAAGAAGGCAGCAUUCAGGAAAAAGAUGGAGAAAGAAGUGUCAGAUUUCAUCCAAGACAGUACCCAACAGAAGCAAAAAUACAAUCCUAUGGGAAAGAUUGAGAGAAGUAUAUUGCAUGAUGUCGCUGAAGUGGCUGGUUUGACUUCUUUUUCUUUUGGAGAGGAUGAAGAGAGUCGUUACGUCAUGUUGUUCAAGAAGGAGUUUGCUCCAUCCGACGAGGAGCUGGAGGCUUAUCGCAAAGGAGAGGAGUGGGACCCUCAGUUAGCAGAGCAGCGCCGCAAGUUAAAAGAGCAGGUGGCUCUGGAAGAAGAAGCAUCCCGGCAGAGCAACAAGUCAGAGGUGUGUCCAAACUCCAACUACAGAGACAAGUACAGCCACCUGAUCGGCACGUCUGCAGCCAAAGAUGCAGCGCACACACUGGAAGCCAACCAGGCAUACGGUUGUGUGCCGGUGGCCAACAAGAGGGACACUCGCUCCAUAGAAGAAGCCAUGAACGCAAUCCGAGCAAAGAAGCGGCAGAAGUUAGAAGACGACACAGGCGCACACAGCAGCACGUUUUGAGUCGCUCUGUGUGGUCACGCUUGCAUGAGGAUGUGCAAUGUGAUCCCUGACUAGAAAUGCAAUCUUCUGUACUUCAGAGACUUCAUACUGUAUAUGGCAGGUGGAUGCUUUGCUCUGAUCCUGAUUGUAGAGAAGACAUUCAGGAUUUCUGAGUUUUUAAACAUUGUGUAAACUAAUAACAUCUGUCAUAUUUGAGCCGUUCGCAGUAUAAGGAACAUGCAUUUGUUUCAAUAAGGCAACUCAAGUGUUAUAAAAAAAAUCCUGAGUAGGACAUUUUAAUGCAGAUUGUUAGGAUUACCGGAAAUGUUUCAAAUAUGUUUUUUAAAAUUCAUUUCAGUAUGUCAUUUUUCCCCCCGUUACCAUUUUUGCUAGUCAGCAUCUGUCCAGAUUAAAACAGGCUCAAAGACCUUUCUUAAUACAAAUGUAUGCAUUUUAAGCAUCAGGGAUUUUUCUUUUCUUUUUUGUGAGUCACCGCUACGCCCAUGGAUUCAUGUCAAUGUGUAUAAUGAGUUGAGAUGGAGCAGAGGCACCUAAUGACAUGUUCUUAUUCUUUUAAGAUGAGGGUUUCUUCAUGAAUUUUAAAAAUGUUUGACAACCCUAUGUGUAUGAAAUGUAAAAACCAGUAAAAAAAAAAAAUCCAAAAUGAAUUAGUGAAAAUUUUUACAAAGCCAAAACUGUAAAAAAUCUGACAGUCUACAAGUUCUAAUAUGCUGUAAUUUUAUUUGGUUUAUAUUUUUACCAAAUAAUUCAAUAAAGACAACGAUAUUACAAUAUUCAUAGAUAACUCUAAAGGGUGUAGAAAAAAAAUAAAGCUUUUUUUCAAGAGAGUUUUGGGGGUGAAAAUGAAUGAUGCGGACAUGUAUGAAAGUAAGUAUGCUACAAAAAUCAUUUACUGUUUUGGUUCCAAAUGAACACCUUGUAAGUUUGUUUUUUUUUUUUUUUUUAACAUGGCUAGCCAUAUCUAGUUGCAAUGUUUACAGACUAGACACUUAACAAUUACACUUACCUCAUAUUUUAUGAGAACUGUAUUAAUUGUCCCAUCUUAUUUUGUGUCCCUUUGUGGAUUUGGUUUUCAUAAUUUGUAUGGUUAGUUUUCAAACUUGAUAGCAAAUUUUUAUGGACAACAUAAAAUACCGAUAAGGCGAGAUUUGGCCUGUUGUCCAUGAGUUUAAUACCUGCGUUUUCAAAAAUUAUUAAAUUGAUAGAAAUUGUAAUUGAUAUGCAUGAUGCUCGCGUCUCAGUAUAAUCCGCUAAU